CGGUAGUCCUACGUGGGGUGCAGUUGUCACAUUAAACUCAUGACGUUUUACGUGAGCAAAGCAAGUGACUUUAUUUGCAAAUCAUGGCGAGACUAAGCGAACAUGGGAUUCGUCUGAGUUCCUUGCUGCUUGAUCUUUUGCAGAUGAGUCCGUCCUUCCUGAAUAGUAAUUCGACAAGUCAUACGUGGCCUUUCAGCGCAGUUGCAGAAUUGAUAGAUAAUGCUUCAGACCCAGGGGUAACAGCAAAGCAGAUAUGGAUUGACGUAGUGGAGGUGGAAGGACACCUGUGUCUAACCUUCACUGAUAAUGGCAGCGGCAUGACCCCCAACAAGCUGCACAAGAUGCUCAGUUUUGGGUUCACUGAGAAGGGCUCGGGGAAGGGUAGCCACCAGGCUAUCGGUGUCUAUGGCAACGGGUUCAAGUCGGGCUCCAUGCGCCUGGGCCGCGACGCCCUGAUCUUCACCAGGAAUGGAGGCUGCCAGACGGUAGGCAUGCUGUCCCAGAGCUACCUGCAGGCCAUCCGGGCACAGGCAGUCAUCGUCCCCAUGGUCCCCUUCAACCAGCAGACCAAGUCCCUGGUGGUGACCGAGGAUUCGGAAGCCAGUCUGAAGGCCAUCCUGGAGUAUUCUCUGUUCUCCUCCCAGGAGCAGCUUCUCCACCACUUUGACACCAUCCCUGGCAAGAAGGGAACCAAAAUACUUAUCUGGAACAUACGCAGGAACAAGGAUGGGAAGCCAGAGCUGGACUUUGAGAUGGAUGAGUUUGACAUCCGUAUGCCGGACAUCCAACCUGAAGACUUGAAGAAGGGCAAGAGGAACUUCCCUGGUCCACAGAGGAGUGAUCAGAAUAUCCCAGAGAUGGACUACUCCCUCAGAGCUUAUCUUAGCAUUCUUUACCUAAAACCUCGCACGCAGAUCAUCCUGAGACAGAAAAAGGUCCCCACCAAACUGGUUGCCAAAAGCCUGUCUCACAUCGAGAACGACGUUUACAAGCCCCAGUUCAACAAAGAGAGGGUGAAAGUCUCAUUCGGGUUCAACCGCCAAAACAAGGAUCACUAUGGAAUCAUGAUGUAUCACAAGAACCGUCUCAUCAAGUCUUACGAGAAAGUGGGCUUCCAGAUCAAGUUGUCCGGUCAGAGAGCAGGUGUGGGCGUCAUUGGGGUCAUUGAAUGCAACUUCCUGAAGCCGGCACACAACAAGCAAGAUUUCGAAUACACCAAGGAGUACAGACUGACCCUGCUUGCCCUGGGGCUGAAACUCAACGAUUACUGGAAGGAAAUGACAGAGAAAAAAGCGAGGGAACGAGAAUUUAAGGCUUUACAGAGGAAGUGUACAGCCAGUGACACAGAGGAAGAGGUGGAGAAAGAAGAAAGUCCAGCAUUUCUGCAAUGUGAGGAAUGUCUAAAAUGGAGACGUGUACCCAAACAUCAUUACACUUCGGCUCCUGAACACUGGAACUGCAGUCUGAACCCCAACCCUCGCCACAGGAGUUGUAUCUGGCCAGAGGAAGUGGAGGAAAGCGAGGAGGAUUUAAUACCCAAAUACCACAAACAUCAGAAAAAAGCGGAUGAGUCCCACAGCAGAAAGAGAGGGAGGUCACUGGAGACAAGAGAGAGCAAACGGCACCUUCUGUCCCGUGGUUUGUCAGAACCUAUAACGACCCCACUGACCCAACCAGACCACCAAACACCCAAAAACACAGACCAGCACACAGAAACUGUCUCAAAGGACGCGAAGGAAGAGGAGGAGAAUAAGAUUGAAGGUGAAGAGGACCCAGCGGGACAUCCCAGCAGCAACAAGAGAAAAGUAACAUGGCCACCUAGCGACCAAGACAAAAGGUCAUGCUCGAGGGCAGAGUCCCAGCAGGUCUCUGAAUCAACUGGUGAAGAAUUGCAUCCUGGAAAGGAUGCUAGUGAUAACCAGACACUGGCAGAGGUGGGAAAGCCCAAGGGCGAGAAAGCCCAUGCCACCAGAGUUGGCACUGCCCAAACCACCUCCAGCCAAGCCUGGAUACACUCACUCCCCCCAGCUCAAACUGUGGUGGUAUCUCCCCUGAGUCGCCCAGAGGGGCCGUGGAGCAGAUCAACAUCAUUGGAGGGGGGGGACAAGGAGGGUAUGGUCAAGCGGCUGGCUGCACUGGAGAAGGAGUCCCAGAGGCUGCGUCAAGCUCUGGGCUUGGCAUCCAUGCCAGAACCUGAAGCCACGCCAACAACAAGUCCCACCGGGGAGAAACCUCCAAGCAGGCCAAAGGAGCCUGGUGAGGCCCCAGGGCUGGGGAAGGAGGAUGUCCAGGACAUAGAGGAUGCAGAGACAAGGACGCAGAGACAGGCCGACAAUGGAGGAUGCAGUCACAAGGAGGCCAGUGCUCUGCAAGAGGAUCUGAUGAAGCUCCGUCGCAACAUUGUGGGGCUCCUGUCGGCCAUCUUGCCCCACGUGGACCUCCAGGGGAUCAGCCUGGAGCGAGGAGAUGUGGAUGGCGUUCUCCAACAGAUCAUCGACGCCAACUCGCUACACACCUGAGGGCACAGCAAAGUGUUUCUCCAUUAUUGUUGUUGUUUUUUGUUUGUCUCCUUCCGAAAACUGCCAACUGAAAAUUCGAUGAUAUAGGUGAAAUGUUAAAUUUUCUGAGUUCAGUUCCCAAACCUGAUAAAUAAGCAACAGCGUAGCAAAUGUUGUUCAUAACUUGACGUACAAUUUAGAUCUGGUACUGGUUGCCAUGAGUGUUUCUAGUUUCCGCCCUAAUCCAAUGAAUACUUGCUAUAACCUCUUGCACCACAAGACGGCGCAUUGUCCCCUGGCUUAUAUUGCAUAAAUUGAGGUAGGUAUGGCAUGUGGCAAAUAACUCAAUUUUGCAAUAUCAGAUUUUGCUUAAUAUUCCACUAAGAAGAAAUAAAUAUGAUGUAGAUAGAAUGUGCUCAAAAGUAAAACCGUUAUAACAUGA